AUGCCAAUCAUAGGUGCUCCGGACACCGGCGUAGCUUCUAGGAGUUGCAAUGCCGUCAGCUAUUUGAGCAACGGCCCUUACGCUAACAGCGUGGCUUAUGUCCUCGCAGACAUGGUAAACGUGACUCCAAAUCACGCGAACUACGACUGCUCCACCACGUCUCCUUAUCCAACGGAGGCUGCCUAUGGUCAUGCCACCAGUAACCUAGAGCUUUCUUAUAGCGAUUGUGGCAUAUGCUCAAGCUCUGCUAAACUUCAGAUUCUGGCGGACUGUCUAUACAGUCUUGGCGUUUACAUGGCGCUUCAAGAUAGUUGUAUGAGGUAUGAUUUCUACUCGUUCACUGGCUAA